AUGAAAAGUACUUCUUCCAAGUUUGUUAUUCGACAACUCGAAGACUCCUAUAAGGAUAUCAAUCGUGCUUUGACUCUUAUCCACAACAUAAGGUUGCGUUUUCAAAAAGAUCUCGAUGAAAUUGUUCGCAAGAUCUGCGAUGAGCACCAAGCACAAGUCACUAGGUAUAAUGAUCUAGUCAAGGGUCCUAUCGACCAAACUGCUCAGCAAACGGAGAGGCAACGAAAGAGAACCGCGAAGAAAAAUAUACCUCAUGCUUCGACUGAAAAGUCGCCUGAUCGCCCAGAGACUGUGGCUCAGAAAGAAAAGUCUCCAGAGCCAGCUAUUCCAUCACAACCCCCAGUCAAAGUCUCAGAUGCUCCUCACUCGCCAAGGCCAACAGAAUCAGUGCCUGUGGCCUCCCCUGUUCAUGAUGAUGUUCCUUCCGAGCCACAUGUUUCAAAGGAAGGUGAAAUCCCUCAGUCCGAGCCCCAAGCUUCUCCGGCUCGUGUAGAACUAAGAGUUUCGAUGCCUCAAACUUAUCAGCAACCACAGGUUCCCGAGGAGCAACCUCCACCUGCUCAAGUACCUGAUUCAGGCUCAGUGCCUACCGAGAAAGAAUCUGCUCAGUUUCCAACUGCCUCUGCGGCUCCCACUAUUGUGCCACCAGCUCCGUCACCACUCAAGUUAUCCAUCGACACAACGAUUAGAAUGCAGGAUGUUGGUCCAUCCGAACAAAAAUCUAUUUCUGCUCAUUGUACCGGCUCCGUUGUGUAUGACGAUGAAGUUCUGUCAGUUGAAUAA